AUGAAGUUGCAGACCUCUCGCUGCGACGGACGGUCGUGCAAUCCCCCGGUGGGGAACCUGGCAAGCGGAAGGACUGUGCGAACGCUGACCACGUGCGGGCACAACAGCACCGAGCUCUUCUGCUCCUACCUGUACGACGAGGGUCUCGACGAGCCCGCCGGCCCCUGCGGGCGCAUCAAGUGCUCCAAGUGUAACUCCCAGCGGCCGGAAUACAGUCACCUUCCCUCCGACAUGACGGACGACUUCUUCCUGCACAGGAGCAGCUGGUGGCAGUCGGCGCAAGGCGCGCACAAAGAGGAGAUCAGCCUGGCCUUGGAGACGGAGUUCUACCUGACUCACGCCAUCCUGGUCUUCAAGACACCGCGGCCCGCGGCUAUGCUGCUGGAGAGGUCGCAGGACUUUGGCCGGACCUGGAGGCCGUACAAAUACUUUGCAGCAAACUGCACCGAGAUGUUUGGGUUGCCGGACGACGUGGGGGAAGAGGGUUCGCUCUGUACGUCCCGCUACUCCGAUCCUCUGCCUUGUUCCAAGGGGGAGGUUGUGUUCCGCUCUCUGACUGCAGCCAACAAGAUUGAAGACCCUUACAGUGCGGAAGCACAAGACGUCUUGAAACUGACCAACCUGCGACUCCACUUGCUGAAGCGACAGGACUGUCCUUGUGAGGGUGCCGGGAUGGUCGAGAAACCUCAGCGGUUUGCCCACUUUGCAAUCUAUGACUUGAUUAUUCGCGGGAGCUGCUUCUGCAACGGUCACGCUGAGCAGUGUGUGCCACUGGCCGAUCACAAAGCAUCCGGCAGGAAUUCUGAACAUGUGGUCCACGGUAAGUGCGUCUGCGAGCACAACACAGCUGGGCACCACUGUGAAAAAUGCGCUCCUUUCCACGAUGAUCAACCAUGGCUACCAGGGAAUGGAAAGACAGGCGCCCCGAAUGAAUGCAAAAAGUGCCAUUGCCACGGACAUGCAGACAGCUGUCACUUUGAUCUCAGCACCUGGCUGGCGUCCAACAAGCGCAGUGGAGGGGUCUGCGACGGUUGCCGGCACAACACGGAGGGACGUCGGUGUCAACGCUGCAAGCCCGGCUUCCACCGCGACAGCAGAAAAGCCUCCUCAUCGGCACACGUCUGCAAACCUUGCUCAUGCCACCUCCUCGGCUCCACCAACGCCACCUUUAACCGAAACUGGAAGUGCAGCCCGAGGAGCGGGUACUGUUACUGCAAACGUGGUGUGGCCGGCCCUCACUGCGACAGGUGCCUGACCGGAUACUGGGGUUUCGGAGAUGAGGGGUGUCAGCCGUGCGACUGCUCCAGAGCCUGCAACCAGCAGACGGGCGAAUGUCUAGACAGCUCUGACAAUGAGCAAUUCUUCAGUAUUCCCAUGGGCAGUCGGAUCCCCGAGCUCGUUCCCAUUCUGGCUAACGAGAGCGGGGAAGACUGGAGCUGGGAGGACGGACAGGGAUUCUCAGCUCUACGGCAUUCCGAGAAGUGCGUCUGCAGGGAGAAGGUGCUGGGAGAUGCCGCCCACUUCUGUCAGAUGAAGUAUGCGUACGUCAUCAAAGCCAGAAUCCUCUCGGCUCACGACAAAGGAACUCACGCAGAAGUCAACGUUAAAGUCAAAAAGGUCAUGAAGAUGAGGAAAGUGAAGAUCACCCGUGGGAACAGGAGCAUCUAUCCUGAGUCCUGGACAAACCGCGGAUGCACUUGUCCCAUCCUUAACCCUGGCACAGAUUACCUGAUUGCUGGCCACGAGGACAGCAGGACUGGCAAGCUCCUCGUCAACAUGAACAGCUUCGUCAAGCCGUGGAAAGCGGCCACAGCCAAACAGGUCUCAGACGCUCUGCAGGCAGGCUGCAAAUGAUCCCGGUGGGAAGAUCACCCAAUAGCCUCCACACGAAACACACUGCAGUGUUAAACUCUCGGUGCCCUGUCUCUACCAUCGCACUGGCACAGGACCUCAACCCAAUACAGAUGGGUCACUGAAGAACUUUUAAGAGUCAAGGAAACCAUCUCAUAGCUAACUAUCCAGCGCUCGGAGAUCAUACUUCAAUCCCAUCACCACUGGGACUGUCCCUCAGACAUUUAACGCUUUUCUUUUUUUUUAAUAAGUUUAUAUUUUUGAUGAUGGAGAUUC